AAGUAAAUCAGAAUGAGUUAUGCAGAAAAACCCGAUGAAAUCACAAAAGAUGAGUGGAUGGAAAAGCUCGGUAAUUUGCACGUCCAGCGAGCAGACAUGAACCGCCUCAUCAUGAACUACCUGGUCACAGAGGGCUUUAAGGAAGCAGCAGAGAAAUUUCGGAUGGAAUCUGGGAUCGAGCCUAGUGUGGAUCUCGAAACGCUGGAUGAGCGGAUCAAGAUCCGGGAGAUGAUCCUGAAAGGCCAGAUCCAGGAGGCCAUCGCCCUGAUCAACAGCCUGCACCCCGAGCUCCUGGACACACACCGGUACCUGUACUUCCACCUGCAGCAACAGCAUCUGAUCGAGCUGAUCCGACAGCGGGAGACGGAGGCAGCCCUGGAGUUUGCGCAGACGCAGCUGGCCGAGCAGGGCGAGGAGAGCAGGGAGUGCCUCACAGAGAUGGAGCGCACGCUGGCCCUGCUGGCCUUCGACAGCCCUGAGGACUCGCCCUUUGGAGACCUCCUCCAUGUGAUGCAGAGGCAGAAGGUGUGGAGUGAAGUUAACCAAGCUGUCCUGGACUAUGAGAACCGUGAGUCGACACCCAAGCUGGCAAAAUUACUGAAGCUUCUCCUGUGGGCUCAGAACGAGCUGGACCAGAAGAAAGUGAAAUACCCCAAAAUGACAGACCUCAGCAAGGGGGUGAUCGAGGAGCCCAAAUAGAGCCCCAUCCAGUGAGCCCGCACUGUCCUGCAGCCCUGGGCUCGCCAGCCCGUCAGUCUGUGGCCGGGGACUUCCGCUGCAGAGGGCUCUUCUCCCGUCCGGUACUGUGUUCUGACCCAGCGCCCUCCAUGGGAGGGCUCGCCUCUCCAUUGUUGCGGACUCGCAGGGAAGGGCCCGCCUGGAGGCCCGCUGCAGCCUGGGGCGUGCCACAAAGCCUGCAGGCUGGGGCUUGCCAUCGCAUGUGGCACGUGGGGUCGGGGGCGGCAGGGUGGGCACCCUCCUGUGGGAGUGGGGAACACUGGGCCCGGCAGGCUUCAUCUACAAGUGUUUCCAACCCCCCUUGGUUUUUGUUUCUCAGAGGAAAGUAUAUAAGUUUGUAAAUCUUAACAGCAGAGACAGCUUCUGUGUGCGGGUGUGGAGCUUGGUUUCCUUGGUCUGGGUUGUGUGGCUUUUGGGGAAGUCUGCGUGUGUGGGAUGGGCUGUGCGUUUUCGUUUAAGUAUACAUCUUGGUGCUGUGCCUGGUCAGAGGCCUGCCGUGGUGGGCUGGUGCGCCAUCUGCCAGGCAGUUCUGAAAAUAAAGGUCUCGGAUCUCGAGAAUAGCCCCAGGCCCUGUAGCGCCAA